AUAAUUUCAGGCCCCUCCUCUUGUAUAUAUACAGGUGCUGCUGCUGCUCUGCCAAAUGACCGGCACAUUGAAGGACGCCAGUGACAAACUUCUGAUCCGUUUCAACUUUUUUACGCUCCUCUGGACUUCCUGCAAUACAUCCAACGUGAUUUCUUCCACUAAACUCGUCGUUAUUUCUCCGACCAAGCGACUUUUGUUUUAAGAUCAAGUUCUCGCGGUGUUUCUGAGCGCUCGUGGAGAGGAUGGCGGCUAUCAAGGCUCUGCAGCAGUGGUGUAAGAUUGAGUGUGAAGGAUACAGAGAUGUGACCGUCAGCAACAUGACGACGUCAUUCAGAGAUGGACUGGCCUUCUGCGCUCUUAUUCACAAAUUCAGACCAGACCUUAUAAACUUUGAGUCUCUCUCCAAGGACAAUGUGUAUUACAACAACCACUUGGCAUUCCAUUUGGCUGAAGAACAUCUGGGAAUUCCAGCUCUUCUGGAUGCAGAGGACAUGGUGGCUUUGCCUGUCCCGGACCGACUGAGCAUCCUCACAUAUGUCUCGCAAUACUACAAUUACUUCAAUGGUCGUUCGCCAAUCGGGGGAGUGGGAGGAGGUGUCAAGCGCCACGCAGAGGUCUCAAAGGAGGUGCCAUCAGAGAAGAAGAAUCUGCCUGUGGUUGCCAAAAAUCACAAUUUCAAAACAAAUACAGAGAAUCAUCCUCCUAAAACCGAAAUGCCAAAAAUUGUAAGAGACAACCAUCCUCAGUCUCUUAAUAUCCACAAAACUGCUCCAGAGAAGCACGCUUCUGCUACUCAAGCACGGCAAGCUGGCACUGAAUGGCACAAACGUCCAGGGACAAAAUGUGUGCAGACACUGGUCACGGCACUCAGGGCAGGAUCUUCACAGUCACACAGAGAUGCUGAGAAGAAAACCAUUUUGGUGGAGACGUUAAAUAAAAGCGGCACUCUUAAAAGUGACUGUACAGUAUGUGGAAAUCAUGUACAUCUGGUCCAGAGACACCUGGUGGAUGGCAAACUUUACCAUCGGAACUGCUUUAAAUGUAGCGUAUGCUAUGGCACGUUGAAAUCUGGGGCAUUUAAAUUGGAAGCGGACCCUGGAUCGCUGGUCUGCAGCCUUCACCAACAUGCACAAACUGCCUUCAACCCCACUGUGAAACCUUAUAAGAACAGCGGCGUUACGCUUUCAGAGCCGUCACUCAAAUCUGAGACUGCUGGUCAGCCAUCAUCUCAGCACUUCACCUCAUUAUCUACACCCAUCAUCCCUGUGCCCAGACCAGCAAACCUCUGUUCAGCCACACAGUCAUGGACCGCCUCUGCUCAAAGGACUCAGGCGGCCCGGCAGAAGUUCUUCCAGUCCUGCGGCUCGGCAGCAGAUCAUCGGCUGACCGCGAGACAGCCCUCAGAAAUCUCCACUGAUCAGAAUGCCGGUCUGAAGGUUGUGUACCAAGACCGAACAAAUGCCCCGAUCAACUGGAAACUACCUGAAGGAAACACCAAUAAUAACAAUGCACUGAAUUCUGACACAGGAACACAGAGGCAGCCAAUCACUUCGGAGUCCUCCAGCUGGAGGCAGGAGUUACACAGCAGAGGUGUGAGAGAAAUGAAGUUAAAUCAGGCCACUCCAUCCUCCCCUGCUAUCAGCUGCAGCCUCAGCACCACAGAAUCCCUCUACCGCAGUGCCAUCAGCAAAGAGCGCACCAGACCUCCAUCCCUGCAGCUUUCCUCUGCCAAAGCCCAAGGUGUUCAGAGCUGCGAAGCCCUGGCUGACCGGAGAUCAAAGCCAAAGGCUCCAAAUGGACCAAGACUGAAAGCUCAUGAGUCUGUUGAGGGUGUUCUGUUGACUCCUAUGAAACAAGAAAGUGACUUGGAUGACAUAUAUUGUUCCAACCAACGUAAAACUUAUAAAGAACCCAGCAUCUGUGAAAGUGCUCCGAAUACACCUUGUACAACCCCAGGUUGGGUUGUGAACUCCUCUCCCGUCCAGACAUUCAGUCCUGUUGUCUCGUGUGCGGGACUGGCCUGUGGUUAUAAAAGUGAUUGUGCAAUUUCCUCAUGUGUGUCACCCUCUCAGUCUUGUCACAGACCUUCCUCUCCGAAACCAUCUCGCCACUGGCCGGUGAGCACAACUCAGAUCAAACCCCACCACAUCCCAGCGGACCAGAUCACCAAAGAAUUGCAGGACAUAGAGUACAAUCUGAAUGAUUUGGAAAAUCAGGGUGUAGAAUUGGAGUGGAGACUUCGCGUUUAUGAGGAAGAGGGUCACGGGGACCUUCUGAUGGAUCCCCUGAUGGUCGACUGGUUUAACCUGAUUCGGAAAAAACAAGGCUACAUUCGCCGGGAGUCGGAGCUCAUGUACAUAGUGAGGACGCAAGAUCUGGAGGACCAGCAGCCGGGAGUAGAAGGAGAACUUAGGAGAUUGAUCAAUAAACCAGAACAUGUGAAGAGUCUAGUUGAGAAGAGGAGAGAGAGCGAGCUGUUGAACAGAUUGAUGGAGAUUGUGAAUGACAGGAACGCCAUUGUUGAGGGACUUGAGGAGGACAGGAUAAGGGAGGGUGAGGAAGAUCAACAGUUGAAUGAGAUGAUGCAAAGGCUUGGUCUUCAGAAAUUGAAAAACAAACGCAAGUCAUCCUUCUCAAAAUUGUUUAGACGGAGGAGUAAAAAAGCAUCAAUUGGAGAGUGAUGUUCAGAAGAGAGGAACUGAUGUCAUCUAGAUCUCCUGCAUGAAGUUGAAUGCGCUGAAGUAUAGAUGUCAGGUGGGACUAGAAUUAUGAGUGCGUCUGGACACUCAGCCGGUCAGUUUGACAGCAAAAUGUUUUUCUUAAACGCCCCUCCCCGUUUCGGGUUAUGUUCUGAUUGUAUUUCACGUCUUCAUUUAUUCGUCUAUUAUAAAUUAUAUUUAUUUUGUUUCGUAUUUUCGUUUAGCAUUUUGGUCAUAUGCAAUUUUUUGUCUUUGUCUUGAAUAGUUAGUUUGAAUAAUUAUUUAUAAAUUAGUUUACACCCUCUCACUUGUUCGGAUAUAAAACAUAUGUUUUUAUUAAUGGAUUUAUACAUGGAUGUUUAAAGUACUUGAAUGUGUUUCUUGAUCUCAAGAAGAAACCCCAAGAAAAGAGAAAGUUGAAUUUAGCAUUCUGUUAGUGGUAAUGAUGUAUUGCCUGCAGUGAGCUGAAGGGGGCACUAUGAGCUCACAUGCAUCUGUCUUUGACUUUUCCAGUUUUUUAUUUCAUAUUUCACAGAAUGCUAAAUCAAGCUGGAGAUUAGCCAGAGGAUCUUGUGCUGGAAAGGCACGGAUUGUUGGUUUUAUACCCUUUUUUAAGUCCUCUUACCUAGUUCAAUUAAAUGCGUACCUCAUUUAACUUAAGAAAAAUUGUCCAAAGAUGUCUUUUACAUGGUGUUUAAAUGUCAGUAUAUGACUCACUGUUUGAAAAACAUACUGACGAUGUUUUAAAAAGUUUUAAAAGUUCUCUUGAGAGAUGCUUACACACAGA